GUUGCUGCCAAGACGCUAAUCAACACUUAUUGGAACUGCGUGGAACCACAGAGUAAAACAAGGAAACAGAAAUGGUGUUACCGCCGCCUUCUGUACUGGAAAAGGAGCGCAUGUAAACUGAUUGAAAUGUAGCCUAUCGUCACAAUUGCGGAGCUCCAUAAAAGUGUUCGCCCGACUGGAAUUCAAAUGUGUAAGCUACUAUUUCUACAGUUCUGAUAUAUUUGAAAGCGUUUCCAGUUUUACGACGGGACCCUCACGCAAGCGAGAGACAAAUAGAGAGAGAGAGACAGAGAGAGACUGAACUUUCAAAGUCAGCCUACUCACCGAGUAUCGUACGGGGAGGACCAUUAUUGACGAAAAAAGAGAAAUAGAGGUCUUAAGUGACUUUUGUGUGGGCUCUCAAAGACGUCUUGAAGCUCUUGAAAGAGGGGAUUGGAAUAAAACUUAGGCUGUUGCUAGUGUCUCACCUCCGGUUGGUCCAUGAGGCGCUCGAGCACGGAAGAGACGCCGUACCGGCGCAGUCCCUCACUGGACAGCAAGCCCGAGACGCCGCCCUUCACCUCGGGCUUCCACAGCUACAGUGGCGAGUACGAGUAUAAACGGCCGCCCUUCGCGUUCGGCUUCCACACGGCGCCUGGACCGCAGGCAGCUAAAGGCCGCUACACCACCUCGCAGGGGAAGAAGUAUGUGGUGUUUUACCUGGACCUCUCCUUCAUCUUCCUCCUAGAGCUGCGGCGCUGCAGGAUGGCUGAGGGCUGCAUGAGGGGCCUGCGCUACGGCAUGGUCUUCUUCAACCUCCUCUUCUGGUUGGGGGGUUGUGGAAUACUGGGCGUGGGGGUAUGGCUGUCAGUGACCCAGGGCAACUUUGCCACACUCUCCUCUUCCCUCCCAUCCCUCUCAGCAGCCAAUCUACUCAUUGCGGUAGGGACCAUCAUCAUGGUGAUUGGUUGCCUCGGCUGUGUCGGAGCUGUCAAAGAAAGUCGUCCGGUGUUGCUGAGCUUCUUCAUCCUCCUUCUUCUGAUCUUCUUCUUGGAGAUUCUGUCCAUCAUGCUCUUCUUUGUUUACCAAGACCAGAUUGAUCACCAUGCCCAGAGGGAUUUGAAGAGGGGACUCCAGCUCUUUGGCACCGAAGGCAACGUGGGCUUGACCAACGCCUGGAUGAUUAUACAAACGGAUUUCCGCUGCUGUGGCGUGACCAACCAUACGGACUGGUUUGAGGUGUAUAACGCCAGCCGCGUGCCCGACUCCUGCUGUCUGGAGUACAGCGACAACUGUGGCCUCGAGAACCCAGGGACCUGGUGGACCGCGCCAUGCUACGAGCGGGUGAAGGAUUGGCUACAAGAGAAUCUGGUGGCCCUGUGGCUAUUUGCUUUGUGUACGGCACUCACACAGAUUCUGGGUUUGGUCUUCUCAAUGACGAUGUUCUGCCAAGCAGUCAAAGUGGAGACCUUCUACGCCUAGCAGUGUCCCCUCUGCCCCAAAGGAUUCUGGGAAUGAGUGAGGCACACACCCCUCUCCCCCUCCCUUUACUCUGUGACAGACCUUUCUCAGCAACGCCCUCGCCGACCAAUCCUCAUGUAACAUCUUCACAAUGUCAUAUCGGGAGCCGAUGGAUGGUCUUUGCUCAAUGAAAUGUUAUUCACUCAUUCUGUGGUCAACAUAUAUAUGUAAUAUAUAGAAAUACGUAUAGAGAUGUAAUCCUUUUUGAAAGAUAUGUUUUAAAUUAUUUUGAAUCAUUCCAUAAUCUAAGUGUUUUGAAACGAGAGGAGAGCUAAGGAAUGCAGGUCAAGAGUGCAUUUUGUAAGACAGGCCAUGUGAGUACUAAAGUGCAUGGCUCUUAUAAUGGUGUUUACUAAAUGUUUGGCUCGUCCAAAUCGA